CAGCAGGGGGCACCCAAGCUUUACACUACGCAUCAGCAGCUGACUAACAGAACAGAAAUAGCAUUCAGUACGUGAUGAGUGUCCAAUGGUCUAAUGUCGGUGUAGAUGCAACGGAACGCGCUCCUUGUUUAACAUGUGUUUUUCAUGUUCUUUAACAGAAUGGUCGUUUGUUUCAUUGGAUUGUUAAUCGGCAUUUUGGUGCAGUCAAGAACCCAACUAAACCAACCGCUGACCUCCAUCAUGGUUAACCUGUUCAACCUGUUUUAGGGCAGGACAGACAGAGAGCAGAGUAUAAGAGAAGAGGAAGAAUGAAGGGGGUCAUCAUUUGGACAUCAGCUUUUCCACCUUCAUCACAUCGACACAAAACACACAAGAUCUUCGAGUGAAAGACUGAAACAAGUUAUUUCACAAAUGUGCCUCAUGCUCCUUUCAAUCGUGACAAACUGAAAAUGAACUGGUUUUACUGGAAAUACUAGAGCAGGAGAGACGUCUUUUUCUCAGACUGACUCACGAUGAGGUUUGCUGUGAGAUCUCCACAACAAUAUGGUCUCGAAUGGUGAGCUUCAACUCAACAGACAAAAUCAGCAACCGUUAGAAAAAUUAAGUCAUACAGGUUUGGAACGACAUGAGGGAGAGUAAAUGAUGACAGAAUUUGUAUUUUUGGGUGAACUAUACCUUUAACCUCAGCAACAAUGGACUUACGCCGUAACACCAGUCUGCGCUGCAGUAUAAAGCCAAGUCUUCCACCACGAAGACCAACUCUGAUUCAUCAAGGACCUCCAAAACGAUACCGUCUUCAUACGGAGAAAAAAGUGCUUGAUGAUCAUGGAAAAGUCAGAAAAUGGACUUUUGGGAAAAAAGACACCAGAAAAGCAAACAAAAUUGUGCUGUUGGUGGGAGAAACUGGUGUUGGAAAGACCACCAUCAUUAACACCAUGGUCAACUACUUAAUGGGAGUGAAGUUUGAGGAAGAACUAUGGUAUGAAAUCACAGAAGAAUCAUCCAGAGACCAAUCAGAAUCACAAACAUCUGAAAUCACCAUGUAUGAGGUCUUUCCUAUAAAGAGUCGCAUAUCUCUCACCAUCAUUGAUACUCCAGGAUACGGAGACACUAGAGGACUGGAAAGAGAUCUGGAAGUUGCUGAGAAUUUAUCUAUGCUGUUUCAGAGCAAUGAUGGAGUUUGUGAAGUUGAUGCAGUGUGUUUUGUGACUCAAGCGUCUAAGAAUCGUCUCUCAGACAGACAGCAUUACAUUAUCAGUUCAAUUCUGUCUUUAUUUGGAAAAGACAUUGUGAACAACAUUGUGUUUUUAAUCACACACUCUGAUGGUCUGCCAUCCAAAAAUGUCCUCGGCGCCAUUGAUAAAGCUAAAAUCCCCUGCAGACGAGACAAAAAAGGCCAACCUGUUCAUUUCUUAUUCAACAACCGGCAGGCUGACACCCGUCACACUGGAGAACGUUACGUCCGUGCUCAAAGAGACGCCUGGGAAGACAGCAUGGAUGGUAUGAAGCAUUUCCUUCAGUCUCUGGAUGAAAAGAACAGAAGAAGUUUGGAGUUGACUUCAGAUGUCCUGAUAGAGCGCAUUCGAUUAGAAGCGUCCAUGUGCAACUUAAAGCUGCGAGUUCAAGAGAAAGAGUCAAAGAAGUCUGAAAAACUUCAGAUCCAGGCGGCAAUGAGACAAAACAAGGAAAAGAUUAAGGAGUGUAAAAACUUUACCAUUAACAUCAAAAAGACUGUCAAGGAGAAGGUUCCCAUUGAAAGCUCAUCAUGGAAGAGCAGGAAGGCGACAACCUGCACCGUCUGUGAGGAAAACUGCCAUGAGUUUGACUGCUGGUGGGGUUCGAAUCCCAGCAAAUGUGAAGUCAUGAAAGAUGGCUUUUGCACCGUGUGUACGAGGAAGUGCCACCACAGCAAACACGUCAAAGAAAACAAGAAAUAUGUCAUGAGCACCUCAAGCAAACAGUUGGAAUAUGACUCCAUAAAAAAGAAAUAUGAAAAAGCUCAAAGACUGUCCAAGAGGUUUUCAGUUGUAAUGGAUUAUCUUGAUGAAGAUCUGCAGGUGAUUGAGCACCAAAAGUCAGUUCUUCUUUCCAAAGCUUACAAGACCAUCGAGCAUCUGUCUCAGAUCGCAUUAAAGCCAGACUCGGCCUUCACUCUUCAGCAUCUGGACUUCUUCAUCCCCAGAGUGAGGGAGGCUGGGAAAGAAGACUGGGUCAGAGAGCUGGAGGAAAUGAGGAGAAAAGCUGUAGCUGAAGAAGCAAAUAAAGAUGCUCUGAGUUAUCUGAGAGCUGGUCUGGCAAAACUGGGAGAUUUCUUUGGUGGGCAGUGAACAAAUUCAGAGAAGAAAAGAGAAGAAUCAAUGAAAAUGAAGAAUUGUGAAAUACUGUAGCCUAUAUGUGUAACAAAGUUAGGAUUUUAAUUAGUCUUAUUGUGAAUUCUUCUGAAUUCAGCAGCAGCUGUUAAUUCCAUGUUGUAUGGUGCCCUCGUGUGUUUGUAUGGGGACUGCAGAAAUGUUUAGUUAGACGAAAGAUGACGCAACACAGCAGUUGCCGUGAGUAGUGCUGUGGGUGUGUUAUGCCUGCAGUGAAACACAACCACUUAGAGGAUGUUUUAUUUCAUUGUUUGUCUGUUUUGUCCUGUUAAAAUGUGUUUUUACGUCUUACACACUUCACCUGGACUUUAACUGGAGAAUUCAUUUUAUGAUUCCCGCUGGUGCGCAGAGAUGGUGUGCCCCACUAUGCCGCUUGUUGGGUGUUUCAUCUGGCCUACCUGAACCCGCCGGCCUGCUUGCCUGUCGUUGUUUGCAGUGUGGAUGCAUGGACGGAAUGUCCCUAUGUCGAGUUUUCCCGCUUGCCGUUUGGGGUCUGCUCUGCACUCGAUCGGGCUCUGUGGUGAACAUCAAGUUAUCAUCGAGUGUUCCCGUUUGCCGCUUGAGGUCCUGGAGUUUGCACUUUUUGGACGUUGCGUUCAAACUUCGAGGUGCAGUUUGACGCGGUUUGCUUGCACAAGGGACUGUUUGCUGCAUUUUUAUUCUACUGCUUCUGUUGCACAGACAAUCUAGUCAGAUAAUUUUAUAUGUCUCACUCCGGAUUAUGCAUUUUAUUCCAAUACCAUGAUUAUCUGUUAUGUUUGAUAUGUAUACUGUAUUGUUUCUUUGUAUUGUAUACUUGUGUUCAUUUUUUGUUUGUAAAGCGCUUUGAGCUCUGGAAAAGCGCCAUAUAAAUUAAACUUAUUAUUAUUAUUAUUAUUCAACAGUAAAAAGAUUUACA